UCGGUCAAAGUCUACGAUGCUGUUGUCCGUAACGCUUCAUUCGCGUAUGGCGUUGCUUCAACAACGACUCGAUUAGAGUUGCGAGGCGACAUGCCCAGACAUGAAGCAGAUACUCUCAUCCUAGCAGUAUCGUGAAUUCUGGACAUAUAACUGUUUGGGCCUUCCCAGCAGUAGCGGCAUAUGUACCAUUCUUCAAUCAUCUGCACUUCUCAUCAUCUUACCAUUCUUGAGCAUCAAUCUAGCGUCUAUUUCAAACAAUAUGUCUAUGCCAGCACCUUCCAAGCCCCUCGGGGCCCUUGACUUCAGCUCCGUCAACUACGGAAACAAAGCCCAGCGCUUCACAGCACAGAGCAACCUCGCACGGCUGAUCCUUGCUGAUAAGCUACAGGCAUUCGAAGAGCUCAACGCAUUGGCCAAGGUCACCUUUGCCGAAGGCGACUUCACGGACCCGGACCCCGUCUACAUCGAUGCCCGCUCCAGCCCAGUCAAGCUCCUCGACUCGGCACCCACCGACGGCGCCGAGCCCGCCUUUGAGCUCACAUGGCGUCCGGAGCGGUUCGAAGACCUGGUCGAGGGCCGUGACGACCCGCAGACCGCCGUCUUCAUGUCGGCCGUCCCCACAAAGGGUGACUACCCCCUGGCCAUCCGCUUCGCAGACCUCAUCACCCCGAACCCCACGGAUGCCCCGACGACAAAGGACGAGCUCAACCUCGACGAGCUGCCCAAGCCGACGGAGGAUAUCGAGCAGGUUAAGCGUGACUUGAGGAAGUGGGGCUAUGGUCUGAUGAAGAACGCGCUUACCCCCGAGCAAGUCGCCGUUCUCAAGAAGGGUGCCCAGGAGCAGGCAGCUGGCGAACGUAAUGCUGGCGUGGCGACGUUUGAUGGCGGCCCGAAGAAGCCCAACCAGCGCAUCUGGAACAUCUUCAACAAGGGAGAAGAGUUCCUCGACCUGCUGAACCACCCCCUGAUCGAUGAGGUUGUGCCGUGGUACCUCGGCUGCAACAACCCCCUUUUGUGGUCCUACAACAUCAACAUCGCCCGCCCCGGUGGUAUGCCCCAAGUCCUCCACUGGGACCAAGGCAUCAUGGGCCACGGCCGCACCAAGCCCUGCGCCCUCAACAUCUCUUGGCUCCUGUGCGACUUCACCGAGAAGAACGGCGGCACCCGCAUCUUCCCCGGCUCACACAACAAGAACGUCCGCCCCCGCAACGUCUUCACCAGCGAGGGCACAAUCGCCUGCGAGGCGCCCGCCGGCACCGCCAUGAUCUUUGAGGGCCGCAUCUGGCACGGCACGGGCCGCAACACCGAGACCAGCGGCGAGAGACCUUGCGUGCUCUCCCUCUUCACCCACCCGGCCGUCCGGCCCAAGGAGAACGCACUGCUCUCGCUCAGCUGGGAAGCCGAGGAUGAGCUCCUUUCGGAGCGCCACAAGUCGCUUGCCGCGCUGCGGACGGGGCAGGCUGGUGUUGGUGGCGCGUUGGGCGAGGCGAGAGAGGGUAUCAUUGUGAAGCGGCCGCGGUCUGAUUUCACGACUGUCGGUAAGGUGAGGGCGCCGCAUGAUGAUGCGGAGGUAGCCAGGAUGAUUGAGACUGGUUCUCAUGCCAACAAUACGCAGUCGGCCGUCCGUGAGGCCGGAGGACUUGACAAAUAAUGUGGAAGAUACAUGUUUCCUUCACCUUGGUUACUAAAGAAACGGUUCAGGUAGACAGGAUUGAGAUUUGGCGAGGCAUUUCGAUAGCAAUACACCCAGCAGCGACAAUUGUAUGGAAUGAGAACGAUUUCAGAUGAUCCACGAGACCACAUAAGCGCUAC